AAACGUGGCAUGAGUAUCAAGUGCAAAUUUGCUUUGUAUUAAUCCGGGGAGAAGGCCUCGCCUGUGCAUCGGCGAUCGACGAGACGACGACGAUGGCGGCCGUUGCGAUGCUCAAGAGGUGUCUCCUCAGGAAUCGCCGCCCAUUCUCCGCCCUCUCGCCGUCUCCACCUUCAUCUGCAUCUCCUCCCAUCCGCGGCUCGCUUUCUCGUUUCGUAAGCACAUUGGUUUUAGCUGAACAUGAAGGUGGAUUGGUAAAACAAUCAUCUUUGAGUGCGAUAGCCGCUGCUGCAGUUGUUAACAAAGAAAAAUCAGUCACAGUUCUCUUGGGUGGAUCUGGUCUGGCCCUCCGCAAAGCUGCAUCCCAUGCUGCAUCAUGUCAUCCUUCAGUGUCACAGGUUCUCGUUGCUGAUGCAGACAUAUUAGUGCAUCCUUUGGCUGAAACUUGGGCUGAACUUGUUAAUUUUGUUCAGCAUCAGGGUAAUUAUUCACAUAUAAUUACCACUUCAAAUUCAUUUGGCAAAAAUGUGCUACCACGUGCGGCAGCUCUUCUUGAUGUUUCACCUGUUACAGAUGUAGUUGAAAUAGCUGAGCCACACUUGUUUAUAAGGCCAAUAUAUGCAGGUAAUGCUCUUUGCACCGUUCGUUAUGCUGGUAAGGGCCCUUGUAUGAUGACCAUUAGGUCCACAUCAUUCACCCUGCCUUCUUGCUCAACUGAGACAAAGUCUGUUGAAGCACCAAUCUCCCAAGUUGAUCUCUCAACCUUUGAUGAAGGUUCCGUACCCAAAUCUAGGUGGCUGAAGCUUGUAUCUCAGGAAUCAGAGCGACCCGAUCUAGGAAAUGCACGUGUUGUUGUCACUGGAGGGCGUGGGUUAAAAAGCGCUGAGAACUUUAAAUUAUUGGAGAAGCUUGCCGAGAAGCUUGGUGCAGCAGUCGGUGCCACUCGGGCUGCUGUGGAUGCAGGAUUUGUGCCAAAUGACCUCCAGGUUGGUCAGACUGGAAAAAUUGUUGCUCCAGAGCUGUAUAUGGCUUUUGGGGUUUCUGGUGCCAUCCAACACUUGGCUGGAAUGAGAGAUUCAAAGGUCAUUGUAGCUAUAAAUAAAGAUGCAGAUGCACCCAUUUUUCAGGUCGCAGAUUAUGGACUGGUCGCAGAUCUGUUUGAGGUAAUCCCGGAGUUGAUAGAAAAGCUUCCGGAUAAGAAGUGAUGGAUAUUUCCUCAUUCAUGAGAUGACCUCGAUCCUUACUGAAGACGACUUGGGUGAAGGAGGUAUACAUAUCAAAAACCUCUCUGACAAAUAAGACCUGCUUCAAUGCAUCUCAUAUUCUUAGGAUUAUUUGAAGGGGAAACAGCAAUCAAUCAUGGCAUCUUAACGAGAGGGCUCAUGUUUACAUAUCUAUAUGCUUCCCAAUGUCCACAUGAGCAGUUUGGGCUCGUAUAAACAUAAGCUUCCCUUCCAAAUAAAUGUAUGAUCAUAUAAUUUGGUUGGACAAACGAAAGCCAACAACUCUUUCCUAAGAAUUGGGUGAAGGAGGUAUGAUCCUUCUGAGGACGACUUGGGUGAAGGAGGUAUACAUAUC